AUGGUCGAGGCCAUACAGCCCAUUGUACGAGGACAGGAAAUCCCCGCCGCCGAUCUCGCGCUGCGGUGGGAUUCCUGCUUCGAGACCACCGCCAUGGAGUACGAGCGGGGCCGGCUUCCGGAUUCCUCCCUCCGCGCCCACAUCUUCCCCGUCAUGGACAGUAUCUUGGAGCGGACGCAGCGGCUCUGCGCCUUAGUCCCUGCGGAAGUUCCCCUGGGAAUUCAUUUCCACUACGCGGACUGUCAGCACGUGCACUUUGUCGAGUUGGAGGCGGGCAAGGAUACAAGGCUCUAUCUCGGGGUGGUGCAUUGUCAACCACGCGGAAGCGAGGCGCAGAAGAAUCAAUUCGGCCCAGUCAGGCGUGAUGGACUUGUGGGGUGGGGAUUGGAGGUCGGAAACCAGGAUUUUCUUCGGGGGGAGCUGUUGAUCAUUCUCCGGAUGAUGAUAGGCCAAUUCCGGCUACGACGCUUGCUCGGGCAUCUGGUUAUCCCAGUCAUGAUUAUCUCCUUUAUGGGAAAGUCUGCACGGGCGAUCGAGGCAUACUUCGACGGCGAACGCCUCAUCCUGGGCUGCACCGAUCUCUAUAGUACCCGCCACCAGACCGCGACGGCGUUGAGGGAUCUUGGAGGGUUGUAG